UCGGCCAGAAAGGACAGGGUUCAGAUUUAUUCUGAUUGACCUUGGUGCGCAAGACCCAAACAUAACACCGACCAACCGACAGGAUGACAAUCCAAGGUUUACCGUUACCUCCAAUCCCAUCGUUGCCAAUGUCAAGCCCAGUAGUAAUCGAGAGUCAUGGAUUCCAGAUAUCUAAAGACCAGCUGACUGUCCUAGUGCCAGUGGUUGUGGCGGCUGCUCUAGGUGGCUUCCUGGUUAGCCGGUACUUCACUGGGCGUAAGAAAAGCCAGGUCAACACCUGUGUGUGUAAGGACAGUGCCAAGGUGGUGCACAGCUUCGACAUAGAAGACAUUGGCAGCAAGGCCGUCUACUGUCGCUGCUGGAGGUCCAAGAAGUUCCCCUACUGUGAUGGUUCCCAUACCAAGCACAAUGAGAUCACUGGGGACAACGUGGGUCCCCUCAUCAUCAAGAAGAAGGAUGCUUAACCAACCUCCCUUUCCCCUUCUCGUCCCUCCCAUCAAAUCAUCAUUCAACACCAUUCAGUCACAUGCCACAUACACCAGAGUCAAACGAUCACUUGCCAUAUCCAACCAGAGGUCGUACAGAUGAACAGAAUCAUGGCAGGAUCCAACCACGCAGAGCAGCACUCUUACUCAAACCGCUUUCAUACAACCCACAGUCAAAACCCCAAAGGAAUGUUACAUGAUAUGAUUUGUGUCUUAGAAGCUCAUGUAAUUAAUGUUAUUGAGCCAUUGGUCUUAAUGGUCUUAACUACGAGAUGAAUAAUACGUGACUGAGAGUGGGGAAGGUGCUACCCUUUAUUUCGACAUUCUCUGACACAAGAGGGCACUUUCAUUUCCCCUCUAAGACUAUUGUCUAUUCCAGUGUUCAAAGUACAACCUUUAGGAAUAUGUAUUGUUAAUGUCCAAAAGAAAUACAUGUUCUAGUGGAUAUGACAGACUUGAGGGUGAUGUAUUUUGGCCCGUAUAUUGUGAAUAAAAGUUUUCUUAAAGUGGUCAGA